UUUUUCUCAUAUCUACAGAUUGUCGUAUGGUGACAUGUGAAUUGGAAUUUUUUGAAGUACAAAAAUUAUAAUCAUGGAAUAUCUAAUAAGUUUAGGCAUUAUAUUAUGCUUAAUUUGUGGUGGUGCUUUUCAAGAGAAUUGUUCACAAUGUGUCCGUACAGACAAUUGUCCACAUUUCAACAAUAUGCAGAGAAAUGACCAACAGAAAUGGCUGAAUCUGUUCCCUUGCCAAUCUUUUGAUCGUGAUUUUUAUGAAUCUACCACUGACUUUGGAAGAUAUUAUAUAUGUUGUUCUGGCGAACAUGCUUGGAGUAUUCUACAUGAACCUAAAUACCUUGAUAAAAACAUUAAGUCCGACAAUUUGUCAUACAUGAGAAGAAAAACAUUUGGAUAUGAAAAUAACAAUGGAAAUAAUUUUAACAAUAUGAUACAAUCAGCAUUCUUACCGAACCAACGAAGACCGGCCGUUGUAAACCAAUAUCCUUGUACAAAUUCUGCAUGUUUCAAUCAACCAGGCUCAAAUAAUAGAGGAAUUACUCCGCCGCAGUUUGUCCAAGCUCCAAGACCUGGUAGGCCAGAUGGGAGAUUAGGUAGUGUGACAAGAACUCUACCACAACAAUGUGAAGCUUCUAUUUUGCCUCCUAAUCCUAAUACCGGUUGCUGUGGAGUAGACACAUUUGGAACUAAUGGGAUAACCGACGCACAAACCGUUGUUGCUGCAAUGUCUAAUUUACCUUUGGGUAAUUAUCGUAGAUUCAAAAGACAAUCUGAUAACGAUAAAGUUGAGAUAGAAUUGGAUAAUCGUAUUGCAGGCGGUACUGAAACUGAGCUCAAUCAGUUUCCAUGGACAAUACUCCUGAGAGCAUCUUUCGACUUUGGUGUCAACGUCACAAAAUUCGAUUGCGGUGGAAGCAUUAUUAGUUCGCGGUACAUACUGACCGCAGCCCAUUGCGUUGUCACAGAUGGCGCUACUCUCACUAAUGUUGACAUAUACAUGUCAGAAUACGACAAGCGCACUUUCCCCAUGGACUGUAAAACGAGUGCCGACGGUCAGAAGUCGUGCAUCACUAACGUGGUGGUGCAAGCAGAGAAGGUCGUCCCACACACGGGGUUUAAUAGUAAAACCCUCAAAAAUGAUAUUGCUCUCAUACGUCUUCGUGAAACCGCUCCUUAUACUGAAUUUAUAAGACCAAUAUGCUUACCACCAUUCGACAUAAACAGCCAAGCAUUUUUUGACUUACCCUUGCCCGUCGCUGGCUGGGGCCGUAACGUGCAGUUUGAAUCAAAUAUCAAGCAAUCGACAGUCCUGAACCUGGUACCGCGUAAUGAUUGUCUCAAGUACUAUCCAUAUCUCCAGGCCUCUCAUAUGUGCGCGAUGGGUAAGACAGGAGAAGAUACUUGCAAAGGAGAUUCUGGAGGCCCAUUAAUGAUGAUAUAUGGUGGAAAAUAUUACGUAGUUGGCAUCGUUAGCGGAAAAAGAUCGGAUGUACCUUGUGGAACAGCUGUACCAUCGCUGUAUACAAAUGUUUUUGUAUAUUCACAAUGGAUACUGAGUAAUAUGGAAUAAGUAAUUAAUAAAACGUAAUUAAACUUGUCUUAUUUUAAAAGAAAUGUAUACUUCUAUCAAUUUCUAAUAUUGCU